AUGGGGAACGAGGCUAGUAUGGAAGGGGAGGGACAGGCGGGACAGCCCGGCCCCGCCGUCCCUGCAGCAGGGGCUCCGGCUUCCAUUUCAGCACCAUCGGACUCUGGACAGCUCAUCAAGCCCAGCAAUGGAGCGCCAGCCGGAGGAAGUGGGGCUGUACCCGGGCCGGGGAUUAACAGACCACCGCCGUCAGACCCAGGACCUAAAGCGGGAGUCCAGAGUGGUCAUGGGACAGGGGACAGGUUAGCCUCCCACGACACCCCUCAACAUGCCGGACCUCAAGGAGAGCAGGGCCAGGGUCAUGUGGCCAGGAAGAGUCUGCAGGUGGAUGUGGGUAGCAGCAGGACUGGGAGGUCCCCUUCUGUGUCCCCGGACCGAGGCAGUGUCCCCACCUCCCCUUACUCUGUGCCUCAGAUUGCACCCAUGCCCAGCAGCAAACUGUGCCCCGUCUGCAAAACCACCGACCUGAUGGGCACUGGGGAUGACAAGCCGAACUUCAACACCUGCACACAGUGCCGCUCCAUGGUGUGCAACCAGUGUGGCUUCAACCCCAACCCACACCUCACAGAGGUGCAAGAGUGGCUAUGUCUGAACUGUCAGAUGCAGAGGGCAUUGGGGAUGGACAUGACCACACCAAGCUCCAAGAGUCAGCAACAGAUACACUCUCCUUCUCAUGUGGCCAAGCCAGAACUCAAUCCUGAUGCUUCGAGUCAAGCUGCACCCCAGACACAGACCCCUUCUCAGACACAGCCUCCAGCACAGGCUCAACCAGCGCCUGGUCCUACCAAACAGACUGGUCCAGCUGGCCCAGGUCAGCAACAAUCUAAGCUCCCGCCAGGGGCAGUCCCUCUCCCCGGCAUGGCCAAGGCCCCAUCCCAGCCUGAUCUAUCCCGCAGUUCUCCCGCCCACCAGCCCCAGCACCCACGCCAGGACCAGACUCGCAGUGCAGGGAGCUCCCCUUCUCGACAGCCCCCACCUCCAGAGCAGACUUUUGGGAAGUUGUUUGGCUUUGGUGCUUCUCUCCUAAACCAAGCCAGCACUCUCAUAUCCGAGACUACUCAACCCCAACAACAGCCCCCAAAACCAGCCCCCAAACCAGGAGGACCCCCUGGCCCUGGGGCAGGUAAACCCUCAGGACCUCAGCCUGCACAACAAGGGCCUCGAGCCCCUGCUCAGCAGCAACAACAGCACGCUCCCCCAGAAUCCUCUAAGCCUAAAGCUUGUUGUCCACUCUGUAAGACAAGCCUCAACAUAGGCAACACAGCAGAACAACCCAACUACAACACUUGCACACAGUGCCACUCCCAAGUGUGCAACAUGUGUGGAUUCAAUCCCACUCCACACCUAGUUGAGAAGAAAGAAUGGCUGUGCUUGAACUGCCAGACGCAGAGGGCUCUAUCAGGAAGCUUGGGAGAUAUUCCAGCUCCUGUUGCACAGCCCAUGGGAUCCCCCCGGCCACCUGCAACAGCCAAUCAACAACCGCCUCAGCAGAAAGGGCCCAGUCAACUUUCAGGGCCAAGGCCCACAGGCCCUCAACAACAGCAGAAACCACCGGGUCCCCAAGUAAGUGGCCCCCUCUCUCCUGUGAAACAGGCAGGGCCUGCCCCUCAAACCAAGGGGCUUAGCCAAGCUUCCCCUCAAACCAAGGGUUCUGCCCAACCCGUUUCUCAACCCAAAGGUUCAACUCAGCCACCUUCCCAAACUAAGGGUCCAACACAAUCCACAGCGCAGAGUAAGGGUCCUCAAAUGAAAGGUCCAAAUCAAUCACAUGCUCAGAGUAAGGGCACUGUUCAGUCUGCUAACCAAGUAAAGGGCCCAAGCCAGGCCAAAGGGCCGACUCAGACAAAGGGAUCUGCUCAGCCCUCUGCUCAGGCUAAGGGCCCUUCUCAUCCUUCUGGUGCCAAGGCUUCAUCUACCCCUGGUAAAGCCGCACCCAACCAUGCCAAGGCCUCACCUACCCCUUCAAAAACAGCACCUACUCAGUCUAAACCCACAGGUAACAACCAGGCCCGCAAACAGCAGCAGAGCCAGGAGAAGACUAAAGCCGCAUCUAAAUCUCUAAAAGAGGACGUCAAGGCCUCACCGAAGAAGGCAUUGUCAGAGACUGUCACUUCACCAAAAGACAUGAAGAUAGCUGAAGAUGCACAGAAGCCAAGACACCAUGAAGAUUACAACAAAUCAAGUACACAGAGUUUAAGUGACACUGGAUACUCUUCAGAUGGGAUCUCUAGCUCUCAAGGGGAAAUUACAGGCCAGAUACGGGAAGAAGGAAUCAAGCUCAGUGAAAGAGGUGCUUCCAUCCCCUCAGAAAUCACCAAGCUGGAGAGCUCCAUGAAGCCUCUGCUAGAGUCAAAGACUGCCUCAGACCAGAAGCACAGGCCACAUUCACUGUCAGUUGGACAGGAGCGGGACUACAAUCCUGACGACGAUGCGGCAAGGGAUGAAUCAGAGGAUGACCUCAGUUGUAAGCUUCGCCAUGAUUAUGUGGAGGACAGCAGUGAAAGUGGUCUCUCGCCAUUGCCAGUAAGACAGAAGAAGUCACAUAAAGAUUUAACAGAUGAGGACUUCAUGAGGAGGCAAAUUAUGGAGAUGAGUGCUGAUGAAGAAGAGCUGGAGGAAUAUGGAAACCAGAAGACUAAAAGGGGACAUAAAACCAGCGGGGAUGUGAGCAAAGAGAGGAGACGACUCUCUCACCAAUCUAAUAGUUUUGAGGAUGACACUAAGGCAUCAGAUGGUGCAUAUAAGGCAAAUGAGGAGGAAGAUGUUGUGAUGGCUGGAGGCCUUCGACGCUUUAAGACCAUUGAGCUGAAUAACACCAACAGCUAUAACCGAGACAUGGAGCUCAGUACUGAGCAUGACCUUCGGGAACCAGAGCUAGAGAUGGAGAGUCUGACUGGUUCUCCAGAGGAGCGGUCCAAGGGGGAAUAUUCAUCCACUCUGCCUGCCACCACGCCCAGCUACACCUCUGGAACAUCCCCCACAUCGGUAUCGUCCAUGGAGGAUGACAGUGACAGCAGCCCUAGUCGUAGGGCAAGAUUAGAGGAGGCAAAGCAACAGAGGAAGGCUCGACAUCGUUCCCAUGGGCCACUGCUGCCCACUAUAGAGGACUCAUCUGAGGAGGAUGAGCUCAGAGAGGAGGAAGAACUGCUCAGAGAACAAGAGCAGAUGAGAGAUCUAGAGCAACAAAGGAUCCGAAGUACUGCUCGAAAAACAAAAAGAGAUAAAGAGGAGCUACGGGCACAGAGACGCAGGGAAAGAUCCAAAACUCCCCCCAGUAAUCUCUCUCCUAUUGAGGAUGCAUCGCCAACAGAGGAACUGAGACAGGCCGCAGAGAUGGAGGAGCUUCACAGGUCAUCAUGUUCUGAAUACUCACCUUCUAUGGACUCAGAGGCCGAGGGCUUUGAGAUGAUUGGUGGAAAGCUUUACAAAUCAGGAAAUGAAUAUAACCUUCCAACCUUCACAUCACUCUACUCCCCUACAGAAAAGACAUCAGCAAUGUCACCAGCUGAUAAAACACUAAAAAGUGCAGAAGAGGUCUAUGAGGAGAUGAUGAAGAAAGCACAGCUUAUGCAGAGGCAAGGACAAACAGUUAAUCAGCAAAAAGGUGUCUCUCAGCCUGACAGUAAACAUCUUGAAACAGGAACUGUCCUAACCCCCGGCUCAAGCCCAACACAGGUUACUGCACCUAUGUCCUUCUCCACAACAGGGAGUGAUCCAAGAAUCCCGGGAAUUCAUGCAGCACAGCAUCUAUCAAAAGAAACACAAAAUAGGAUGAUGACACAGAGUGCCAAAAUUGAAGGUGUUGUUGGAGUUGCCACAACCAAACCACAAGUUAGUCAGACUGCCACAAGUCGACAGGCAGGCAGCACAGUGCCUGCUGGCAGCAGAGCUGGCUCUCAAAGGCCGACACAGGCAUCAACUGACCCUGGAGCAUCCUCCCUAACCUCCAAAGUCUUUUCCCUUUUCAAAGGUCCCAGCCCCCCAGUCUCCCCCACAACUUCCCCAGCACAAAGUCCAACACAUAUGCCAUCUGUGCGACCCCCUGGUGGUAGUGGCAGGCAGCUUCCAUCCUUGCCUGGUGGUCCUACAUCGGCUACAGCAUCCCAUGGAGCUCAGGCACCUCAAAGGGCAAUUUCACCACGUCUUGCACGGCAGCAGUCCUCUCAAGAUUCACCAGUGAUGGUGAUAACACUAGGCUCUGAGACAACUAGCCCUGCUAAGCCACUGACUGUAAAUUCUUCCACUUCCCCCUUGUCAUCACCAACACAGGUCAGUUGUAAAACAUUGUAUAGCCCCCAGCCCCCUUCUACAAGUUCCCCAACAUCACCACAAAUGCAUCCAUCACAGCAGUCUCCUAAACAUUCCUCACAGAUGGUUCAAAAUGUUGACAAAGUAAAUGUUGGUAUUAGCACAGUGACCACAACUUCACAUAGUCGGACUUCUAAGGUUGUGGGUCAGGGCCAAACCCAUCCAAGCACUAAUGUGGUGGAUCUGAGAGCCCCAAUGAGGCCUGCCCCGAUUAUAAUGACAGACCAGGGUAUGGACCUAACAUCCCUUGCCUCUGACACAAGAAGAUACUCUUUAGGAGCAGAGCAGCCAUCUGGUCGACACACAGCAGUGCAACCUCUUAUCAUGAACCUGAAUGCACAAGAACAACCCCAUGUAUCUGUAUCUACACCGACCACAGUUAGUGUCACAGUUGCAGGUUCAAUGUUUAUGUCCCAACCCAAGCAGCCAGUAGUGUAUGGAGAUCCUUUGCAAAACCGUGUGGAUCUGGGGCAAGGGGUUGGAUCAGCUGUUUGUUUAACCCAGAGUAAGCCACCAAUUACUGACCCAUCUAUUCCCAAAAUUGAUGCCUGCCUGGAGAACCUGGGUAUACAACAGCAGCAACUGCAGUUACAGCAGCAGAAGCUCCUGCAGCAGCAACAGCUCCUUGAGCAGCAGCUCCAGCAGCACCAACAGCAAUCCUCUUUUGCUCGAUACAAUUUAGCUAAUCAAGUCCAGCCACUGCUGAUGAAAAAAGACCUUGUAGUGAGCCAGACAAGCAAUGCCCAGCCUGUAGUAACUGCUAGUGCCAUACCUAGAGUAUCCCCGCUGGCUCCACCAUCAGUGUCUCCUGCUUCUAAUGCUCCCCAUGAAAUCUAUGGUGGAGUUGCCUUAGAGCUAAAAAACAAGCCAACAGUAAUGAACUUGUCCACAGGUAAACCCCAUGUUAUGAUGGUACAACUUGAUGAGAGUAACACAUCACAGGGGGGCACAGUGACUCAACUGGUAAAGCGAGAGGAACCUCCUCCCCCUCCUCAGGUCUUGGAUCUCACAGGACAGAUCAAACCAGAAAACCAGGUGGCUUGUUGUGAUGUUGUUUACAAAUUGCCCUUUGCUGGUUCCUGUUCAGGGUCAUUCACUCAGAAGCCUACAACAGUAUCCUCAGAUAAAAACCCCACCACUGAAGCCUCUCAAGCAGCCCAUCCUCCCCAUCCACCACACUACAAUGUCAGCCAACAACAACAACAAAACCAGCCUCAAGCUACACAAGGAGUGACAGAGGAACAUAAACAAUAUCAACCUCCCAUAGUCCCCUCUGGAAGAAUACAGUCCUCAAUGUCUGAUACUAAUCUGCCUUCCAUGACUGAUGCUGGUCAGUAUCCCAGCAAUGUCCAGGGGGGUCUGGCAGUAGAUCUUAGCGGUAUGAAUCAGGCUUAUGAUGGUGGAUAUCUUGGCAUGGGAGCACAGUAUGGAUCUUACACAGACUUGCGUCACCAAGGAGAUUUUGCGGGCCCUUCAUUACCCCUUCGCCGAUAUGGCUCCAUGUCAAAUAUCAAUUCUGAUUAUGCCUACAGUUCACGUGACCUAACAGGAUCACAUGACUCCAAUCUGGCUCAGUACAGUGCAACCACUGCCAGGGAAAUCAGUCGCAUGUGUGCAGCUCUGAACUCAGUGGACCAGUUUGGCAGCCGAUAUGGAAAUAACCCUGAACUGGUACCAUAUGGGGCUGGAAGAGGUGGACCUUUAGGAAGGUUCAAUCUCCAGCAAAGUUUAGCGUCAAUACGAGCAAACCUACUGUAUGGCCCAGAUGGAAGACCAACGGCAAAUGGCCAAACCUUAACAAACUUAAUAAAUGCCAGACAAGCAAGUAUACGCGCCCUGUACCCUGCUGCUAUGAGAGGAGGUGAUGGCAUGAUAUAUUCCACAAUAAACACUCCCAUAGCCUCUACAUUGCCAAUUACCACCCAGCCUGCCCCUGUCCUGCGUCCCAUGCCCAGAGGAAUUUACAGACCGUACCCUACAGGUGUAACAGCUGUACCACUGGCUAGUCUUACCAGGUUGCCUCAAGCGACUCCUAGAAUGCCACUGUCCACACAGGGACCAUAUUCCUACCCUCCUCCAAAUCAGUAUCCUACUUCAGCUACACCAUCAGGAAGUGUGCCUGUUGUAAGCAGUUCACACCAGGAAACUCCAAUGUACCUUGGAAAGCCUUUAACAACAGUUGCUCCACAAACAGCUGCAACCAUUCCACCAACCCAACCUGCAGCACACUUAGAAGCACAAAAUGUACCAGCACCUGGUAUGCAAACUACAGCAGAUCAGCAGACAGACCGCACUCAUUUUACCUCACAGAGUGUUACCUCCCUUCCUCAAGCUCAAGGCCAACCUCCAGCUGCCCAGCCAGUGCAGGCUCAAAUGCAACCACAGCAGUUACCUGCUCAAACUGAACCUUUAUCUUUGACUCAAACCCAACCUCAAGUUCAACCCAUUAAUCAGCCUCAACCAUUAGUUCUGCAGCAGGGCCAGCCACAAGCAACACACCAUGGUACUGUCCUGGCACAGAGUUCCAAACUUUCCCCUCCCAUGGAUGCACAGAAAGGUAAGGAAGAUGAAAGACUGAGUCAGCAACAAGAGCAUAUGUUGCAGCUGGAACGAGAGAGGGUUGAACUGGAGAAAUUACGCCAGAUGCGCCUACAAGAGGAGCUUGAAAGAGAUCGAAUGGAGCUUCAGCGACACAGAGAAAAAGAACAAUUACUUGUUCAGCGUGAGAUUCAAGAACUGCAGACAAUCAAACAGCAAGUCCUACAGCAACAGCAAGCAGAGCGGGAGACACAGCUCAUUAUGCAAAGAGAACAACUGGCCCAGCAAAGAAUGCAACUUGAACAAAUUCAGUCUUUGCAGCAGCAGCUACAGCAGCAGCUGGAGGAGCAGAAAAGGCAAAAGACAGCAGCAGCGGAGGCAGCAGCUGCUGCAGCAGCAGCAGAGGCAGCCGCUGCAUCAGCGGCCGCGGCAGCAGCAGCAACAUCUGCCCAGGGUGCUAUCCAAGGGGUAGUAGUUGGAGGAGGGCCCCCUCAAGGGUUCAUUAUCUGUGACCAGAGUGGUAGAGUUAUUCAACAAGAUGGACAGAGUGUUCAAUUUUGGCAGGAUGGACAAGUGGUCCAAGCUGUGGUGGCUGCUCGACCUAUUCAUAGUUCUGCCUCUGAAAUGUCUUUGAGGAGCAGUGACAAACAGGCUGAUUCCAAGGCUAUGAAAAAGCAAAAUUCCAUGCCUCGGCUGAGGGAUGGCUCAGAGGAGGACUCUGUGAAGAGGAUUACAGAUAGCUGUGUGCAAACAGAUGAUGAAGAUGGAGAGGACAGAUUCAUGAACAGGCGCAGGAGAACAAGGCGUAUUGCAGACUGUAGUGUGCAGACUGAUGAGGAGGACCAGGGUGAAUGGGACCAGCAGCCAGUAAGGCGCAGGCGAUCACGUGUAUCGAAACACUCUGAAUCCAGUGGUGAGACUAAAUCAGAAGGGUCAUCUAAAGUGGCUUCUGCAAGUAUAGCUAUUCAGACCACAAAUGAUUCGUCAUGCCAGACAGAGCCUGACCAGCUCGGCAGGGUUUCACCUGCUAUCCACAUAACCAUGGCAGAGACCUCAAAGGUUGACCUAUUACAUUAUAUAGCUGCCCCUGAAAGGACUCACAAAGGAGAGAGUCUCGCCUGCCAGACAGAACCAGAGUCUCAUUCUCAGGGUGUGGUCGCCCCUCAACUGAGUGUCCCUACAACUAUCAGUCCAUACUCCACAAGUCUGCAUAUAGUAGGUGCGAACACAGUGGAUCCAACCUCUCCUAGACUCCAAGGAGUUGCUAAGUUUGAGAGGAGGAAACCAGACCCCCUUGAAAUUGGCUAUCAGCAGCAACAAAAUGAGUCUCCAUCUCGCCAGCCCCCCAAAUCUCCCCAGGUGCUAUACUCCCCUGUAUCUCCAUUGUCUCCUCAUCGCAUGCUGGAGACAACAUUUGCCUCCCAGGAGAAACUUAACAAAGCCCACGUCACACCCCAGCAGAAGGCCUUCACUGCUGAAUCACCCCAACGCCACCAGACCCUACCAAGACCCAUAAAAAGUGUGCAGCGCUCCAUGUCAGAUCCCAAGCCUCUCAGCCCCACAUCAGAGGACCCUGCCAAGAACAGGUUCUCCCCAUAUCAUCAGCAAGCUGUGUCCAACAGUCAGAUGGCCUCCCUGCAGCAGCAGCAGAACUCUCUGACGAGGAAAGUAAAGAGGACUCUCCCCAGCCCCCCUCCAGAGGAAACUCCGCUCCCCAUUGUGACUCCAGCACAAAUGUACAGCUCUCCUGGCAUGCCCCAGAGGGUCCUACCCAGACCCGCUCAGGGAGUCACCAAGGCCGGUCUGCUGAGUGAACUGAAAGCUGUGGAACAAGAGUCGUCGAAGCUCCGUAAACAACAGGCCGAACUGGAGGAAGAAGAGAAAGAGAUUGAUGCCAAGCUGCGUUACUUGGAGCUAGGCAUCACCCAACGUAAGGAGACCAUGGUGAAGGAGAGGGAGAGGAGAGAGCUUGCUUACCUGAGAUGUAUGGGUGAUGCUCGUGACUACAUGUCAGACAGUGAGCUCAAUAACCUCCGGUUGGCAGCUGCAACAGGAACCUUUGAUGCUAAUGGUCUGCUGACAAGGCCCAGCACUGCACCACUGAGUCAGUUUACUAAUGACCUCAAUGCAGCAUCUCAGUAUCCCUCAACCUCAUCUUAUAUGUCUUAUUCAUACCCUCAAAGCCAACCAUCAACACAGCAGCCAGGCUCUGCUUACCAACAGAUAGGCUUCCAACCUCCUCAGUACCCCUCAUCCUCUGCACCCCAGCCAGGAACUUUCCAGCCCCAUCCCCCGCCAGGCCCUGGCUAUCAAAACCAGGGAACCUAUUCCUCCCGCAUGUAUGCCCAGUCCUCCUACCAGACAGACCUUGGCUUGCAACAGCAUGGUCACCAGGGCUUCCAUCAGCCUGGUCAGCCCAUGCCAGGCCAGAGCCUUCCCUACCCCAGCCAUAGCUCCUACCAACCUGGCCUUUCCUACCAGCCCCAGGCAGAGAUCCUUACAGUCCAUCAAAGACCAAGGCAAACUUCUUUGGCUGACCUUGAGCAAAAACUCCCCACCAACUAUGAGGUCAUUAGCAACCCAACCGUGUCAGUGGCGACAUCAGCUCCAGAUACCAACUUUGGCUCAGUCUACAGCAAUGCAUAUGGACAAUACCGUCCCCCUGAGCCUGGCCUGACUCACUCUGUGGACAGCCCCACCUCUGCUUAUGGUUCAGAUGGUCUCUACACCUCUAACCUGGAGCAGAAUAUUCCUAGGAACUACGUCAUGAUUGAUGACAUCAGUGAGUUGACAAAAGACAACACUGGCCAACCCACUGAUGCUUUAGGUCAUCCUGUGGGAGGGCGGUAUCGCACUGAGAAUGGCCCUGCCCGUGGGAGUGCUUAUGGUAGGCCUGAAGAUGAGCCUGUGGAUGCUUAUGGCAGACCUACAGGCUCAACAGGUUACCAAAGCACAGUAGACAGUCGCACCAGCACCACAGUGAGUGGAGGCUCUUCCUAUUACUAUGAUGAUUAUAAACACACAUCAAGGAGCAGCUCCAGUAGUCACAAACUCACAUCCAAGAAUCUCGCCCCUGCAGUAGUCUCCUCCAAACGUAGUAAGCACAGGAAGCAGGGAAUGGAACAGAAGAUUUCUAAAUUCUCCCCUAUUGAGGAAGCACGGGAUGUAGAGUCUGACCUUGCUUCUUAUACAAUGACAACAUCAACAGGAGGCAGCUGUACAAUUGUGUCCCGAUCCAAGAAGCUUCAGGAUGAUGUCUCCUAUGGGAUGAAAAAGAACGCAUAUGACCAGCAGAAAUAUUAUGGUACCAGUCGCGAGGGUCUCGAGGAGGAGGACCGCAUGUACAGCUCUGGAAGGUCCAGGUCUACUGGAUAUGGUAUGGACAAGAUUUCCUCCAGAGAUGCCACAGGCCACAGGAGUAAAUCCUAUGAAAGAGAUGCGAUGGAGCGGUCUCAGAGAAGUAGCCGCAGUGGAAGACCUCCCAUGCGAAGCCAGAAUUCAGAAGAGGAGAGUCCACUCAGUCCUGUUGGGAAGCCUGUAGGUAUGGGAAGAACCUCUGGCAUAUCAGAAGCCCAUGAUGUCAGGAAUCAGUACGGCUCCAGCCAUUCAUUGCCAGAUGUGCAGGACCACCACAAGAAGGACCUGCCCAGGAGUCAUGUGUAUAAACCAGAUGACCCUUACCUUGUAGAUGACAUGCACUGUGCUGUGUCUGACAGUGAAGCCUAUCACCUGGGCCAAGAGGAAACUGACUGGUUUGAGAAACCAAGGGAGGCCCGUUCUGAUCGUUCUAGACAUCAUGGAGGUGGAAGUCACUCAUCGACAGGUAGACGUAGUAAACACACUUACCAUGAUUAUGACGAACCUCCAGAGGAAUACUGUCCGCAGGAUGAAUACAGCCAACAACGCCACUCCUCCUCCACAUCGUCACGGGACCACCGUCACCAUGGCAGCAGCUCUGGCAGACACAGCUCUUCUCGUCACUCCUCAGAGGAUCCCAGGUCCUCCCGAUCUUCCAGGACACACCCCAAAGACCCAUCUGGUCGAUCUGAUGCCAGAGGCUCCUCGUCUACACAAAGAAGGAGCGGUCCAGACUCCCGUUCUGCACAGGGAAGCCCCCGGAACUCAGGAGACUUUUCUCGUGAAACAGCCGCUGGUCAUCACCAUGGCACUGGGGGAAGGAGCCAGAGACCCCAAGGAGACCGCACAUCCUCAAAGAGGCAGGAUCCCUCUGCAGCUGGGUCUAAACCACAGCAACAGCAGCAACAGCCCCCUCAGGGCCAUGCUGGGCAGCAGCGGCCAGGUGGUCAAGGUCAGUCUAUGAGACACCCAGGCUCUGAGCCUCUUGAUGGCACCCAGCAGGCUCAGCAGCAGAGUGCACAACAACAGCAGCAGCAACAACCACUGCAACACAGCCAGCCCCCUCAGAGUAGCCAGCCCACAACAACCACAGCAGGAGCUGGACCAACACAACAGCAGCCCAAAUCCGGCCAAACCCCACUACAAGGACGCCAGCCAGGAGUAGGGUCUGCAGCUGGGCAGCCUGCUACCACAACGGGAAAAAUGGAUGCUACACCUGCAGCAGCAGCAGCAGCCACAGGAAUGAAACCUACAGCAGGAGUCCCAACAACACCUCAGCCUACCAAAAUAGCUACACCUCCUCUUACAGGCAUCGGCUCCAAGGCCGCCCCUGUUGGGAUCGGUAGCAAACCUGGAGGUAUAGGCAGCGCUGCAGCAGGACAGGCACCUGCUGAGGGGGAAAACGUUCUCACCAAAAUCCUGCAAGGAGGGGCAGCAGAGCAGGCGGGGAAACUGGGAGAUGCUUUGUCUGGCCUUGGGAAGAAGUUCACUUCAUUUUGGUGA